AUGGCUUGGGAAUCUGAUGAGUAUGCACAGGCUCUGCUUGCUCUUGCACAUUCGCAGCCAUCCAACUCACCAACUCCAAUUAGUACUCCCAGCAUCUCGUGUUCUCCCAACCCCUCAUUUGUGCCACCACCACAUACCUAUAGUGGGCAGCAUAUGUGGGGAGAUCCAGCAUAUGGCACUAUGCAACACCAGCCACUGGCACACUCAACAACCAUCAAUGGCACUACAGGAACCAGUGCUUGGGGUAGGGAUGACCAUAAUGUAGGCCUGGACUACUAUGGUAGCCACACUUGGAAUGGAGGGGCUCAAAUUGCUCCCCAGCCAUUGCCUUCACCGUGUCCCAAGCCUAGCACACCUACGCCUACCAAAGUGAAGAAGCCCUAUGGAUCUACAACCAAAGCCGCGCAGAUGAACAUGAAGGCAGAUGAGAAUGUUCCCCCUCUUGAUAUCAACCUCAAAGAUGAUGGUGAUCCUGCGGACGAGGUGAUACAAACUACUCGUUGGUCUGCUGAUAAAAAGACCAUAUUGUUUGAGUGUAUACUUGGUCCUGACUCCAAUGAUAUUUUUGAUUUGCCCAAAAUUGCUCCGAAGGCAGCUUUCAAAAAGGCAAGUCUUAUUUUUCUUUCAGUGGUGAAUCUCAAGGGCAAGGAUACCUGGAAGUCAAUGAAGAGCCAAUUCACUCGUUCUAUGGCAACAUACUCAUUGAUCGUGGUUUUUGAGGGCUAUACUGGCAAUGGUGGCAGUGACAGUGAUGAUCCACCCAAUGACAAUGGAAACUUCUUCACGAACCUUGGGAAGAAGCAGCCGAGUAAGCACCUUACCAUUGACACCAAUCUACUUGAGAAUCAAAUCACGAAUGCCAAGGCUGCUGGCCACAAUGUUGGGGGACUUUCUGCCAAAGUGAUCAAUGACUGGUAUGGCAAGAGUCCAAAGGUUGAUCGUGCAGUUUCAUGCCACUCAGCUGCCCCAGUUUCUGAUGGCAGUGGUUCAGAGGAUGAGUCUGUGGGUCAGUUGACACCAUCACAAGGAAAGGCUUCUCAUGUGGUGACAGAGCCAAAGUUCAAGCCAGCAGCAAAAUUCAAGUCACAGACAGUUGUGUCAAUGGCAAUAAUGAACGAGUUUCUGAAGCAGAAGGGUGAGUUGGAUCAACAACAUUUUGAAGCUCAGCAAGAACAGUUUGCUUGGGAGGAGAAAUGA